AAACAAUGGCCGCGUCGAGUUCUAGCCGGAGCGCGACCCGGCGUGCCGAAAUGCCGACUGACCUGGCCGUGUACUCCGUGGAGAACUUCGAGCCCAGGCCUCCACAAGAGCUCGUGUGCACCGUGUGUCGCGGUGUGUACCGUGAGCCUGUGGAGUGCCCCUGCCGCCAUGUCUUCUGCUCCAUCUGCAUCCACGGCUGGCUGGCUUACAGUGCGAGUCCUGGUUCGGGAAGCUGCCCCUUGUGUCGCAGAGAGAUGACCGUGUCCCAAGUGGUGCCUGUGGUUCCUUUAGUCAACAACAUGAUCGCCCACCUGACCGUGCGCUGUCCGAACAGAGAGGCAGGCUGCAUCGCAAAGAUGACCUUGGAGUCGGUGAAUCACCACCUCGAGACGUGCGAGUUUAACAGGGCUCUGUGCCCCGACUGUGGAGCUCAGAUGCGCGCUUCAGAGCUGUCGUCGCACCAGCUUGAGCAGUGCUCCAAGCGGCUGGUGCGUUGCACCCGUGGCUGCUGCUUCAGCCUGUUGGCUGAGCGACAGCGAGACCACAACUGCAUCUACGAGAUGCGCAACUACAUCAGCUCGCUGGAGCAGACGCGGGACAUGCUUCGCCACCAGCUGGACCACACACUGCAGUGCCUGUCUCGCCUGCAACGCCAGAUCAGAGAACUGGCCGUCAGGGUGGAGGCGUGCGCUGUGCGCGUACGUGAACUGGGCGCCGCUCCAUCUGCACAGAGGGCACAUAUGCGCACCGAGGGUCCGCCGAAGAUUCCUGUGCCUGAUCCAGUGGCUCCCUCCUGGGACUUGUCCACUGAUCCUGACGCAUCUCUCUCCGGGCUGAACCAGGAGGAACUGUCCACCUCUACGCGUCUGAGCGUGCCGACCGUCUCCGAGAUGCUAGCCGCUUCUACUCCGCUCGCAGCGACGUCAUCUGCCGCAUUGAACGAGACAACUGGAGGAACACAUGGCUCACCUUCCGUAGUGGACCUGGCCACUGAACGCACACCGGAGCUCCACUUCGACCAGCAGUCUCCGGCUCCGAUGCCAAUGAAAACUGGUAUUCGCCUCCUGCUGCCUGAGAGAAACGUCGAUGACACUGACAUGGAGUACGGGCAGCUGGGCGAUGGUGGCGGCUACUUGUCCAGCAUGAUGCGACGUCUGUGGGUCAGCGGAAGGCACCGCGAUGGCAGCAGCUCGCCGCCAGCAGAGUGA